CUAACGCCUCUCGUCCUGCCCGCCGCCAUCACCGCCCGCGCCAGCGCCGCUUCCGCCCCGCCAGGCCCCCCCCGCGCGGGCUGCCCCGCGCGCGGCCUGACCCCGCGCCCGUCCCCGCGGCGCUUCCCGCUCCGCGGCCGCUCCCGCGGGAUUCUCCUCCUCACCCGAGGCGAGCGAGCGCCGCCGGGCACGCCACGCGCGGAGCCGGCGCGGAGCGGCGCAGGCAGCGCGGCGGGCGGGCGGGCGGAAGAGCCGUCAGGAAGCCCGGGGCGGCGCCGAGCGGCGGCGGAUGGAGCUGGUGGCGGGGUGCUACGAGCAGGUGCUGCUGGGGUUCGCCACGCGGCCCGGGCAGUCCUGGACAAUUGUCCCUGAUUUUACACAUCAUGCCCACUCUGCCUCGUUGUCAGCAGUAGCAGUGAAUAACAGAUAUGUGGUCACUGGGAGCAGAGAUGAGACAAUCCAAAUCUAUGACAUGAAAAAGAAGAUAGAACAUGGGGCGCUGCUACAGCACAAUGGUACAAUAACUUGUUUGGAGUUCUAUGGUACUUCACAUCUCUUGAGUGGGGCUGAAGAUGGACUCAUUUGUAUCUGGAACACAAAGAGAUGGGAAUGUCUGAAAUCCAUUAAGGCACAUAAGGGGCAGGUGACAUCGCUUUCUAUUCAUCCUUCCGGGAAAUUAGCUUUGUCAGUUGGAACAGAUAAAACUUUAAGAACUUGGAAUCUUGUUGAAGGACGAUCGGCCUUCAUCAAAAAUCUGAAGCAAAAUGCGCACAUAAUUAAGUGGUCCCCUGAUGGAGAGCGGUAUGUGACCGUGAUAACAAACAAAGUGGAUAUCUACAGACUUGACACAGCUUCAAUCACUGGCACCAUUACAACAGAGAGGAGAAUUUCUUCACUUAGAUUUAUUACAGAUUCUAUCCUUGCCAUAGCUGGAGAUGAUGAAAUUAUAAGGUUCUAUAGCUGCGACUCUCAAAAAUGCCUGUGUGAAUUUAAAGCUCAUGAAAACAGAAUAAAAGAUAUUUAUACUUUUGAAAGACAAGGACAGCAUCUUAUUGUUACUGCAUCCAGUGAUGGUUACAUUAAAAUGUGGAAUCUGGAUCUUGAUAAGAUUAAAGAUGUGCCAUCUUUACUGUGUGAAGUCAAUACCAAAGCUAGGCUGACAUGUCUUGCAGUAUGGCUUGACCGAGCUUCAGAAAUGAAAGAAAACUCUGAUAAAGCUGCAACAUCAUCUCAAGAAAAAGAAGAUGAAAAAUCAUCAAUAGUCAGGAAAAACAAAGCUUGUUGGACUGAUACAAGUGAUAAAACAGCAAAAAAAAAGAGAAAAAUUAUUCCUGAGAAACAAAAAUUGGAAGCUCCAUUGCAAAAGAAGAAAAAGAAACGAAAUAGCCCGGCAUGAAGGCAGCUUCAUUCUCUCCUGUAUGAAAGUAAAUGCUGGUGUUGCUCUAGUUUUUAUAAGAAUGUAAACCUCUAACAGACCAUACACCUCUGAACUGAUCGGUUGUUUAAAAGUAAUUAAUGUUCUUACCCUAACAAAAGAAAGAGCAACUUUUCCUAAGUGAAGGAGGCAAAAAUAAAUUUAUAAUAUAUAAUGUUUAUAUUUUUCUCUUAAAAGUAACGUACACUUUUUAACUGGUUCUGAAAAAGGCAGGUAAAGUAAUAAAAAUAGCUGUAUCUGUCUCAGAUACAUUUUUGUCUUCACUUCCAUGCAUAUUAAAAACAUGUAUACUUUUCAUUUUGGUGUUGAAAAAGUUACUGUUUAUUUGACUCAAAGUAUGAUCUUCCUUUGUCUUGCAUUACUGUAUGAUGAUCACAUUCAGAGGAAACCAUACUUUCUAAUUCUUGAUGUAGACUUACACUUAGAAAUGUUACACAUGUUUAUAAGCAAAAUGUUUGGCUUCUUUACCAUGUCCAUACUUCAUGUAUUUAAGUUUUUUUUAAGUUUUUACACCCAUGGUUCAUAUGAUUGAAACCUUUUGCUUAGAAUAUGAUACAUAUUUUUAGGUAGAAGACUUUAUAUCAAUAGUUUUACCUUUUCCUUACUCUUUCAGUUGUGUUUUUUUCAAGUCCUUGAUCUGAGCCAUAUUGUUAAAUAAGAAUUAUAUGACAUUUGAAAUUUUUGCCAUGCUGAUAAAAUGUCACCUAUCUGUUCUGUUUGCCCUUAAACAAAAACUGAAUUCCUGACCUUAUCAGUCAGUGGGAACAGGAUUUUAUCCUAAGCCUUAUUACAAAUAUACAGUGGGAAAAACAAAGUUGAGCUGGAGUGAACGAGGUCAAAUAGCUGUACUAAAUGUUCCCUUUCUUUAUUUUAAAGUGUAAAGCAUGAUAGUGUUGUUUUCUGCACUACCACAGUAGUCGUUAUUUCUUCUGCUUUCAAAGAAUAAUUGGAAUUAUGCUUUAUUCUGAUUCACUUCAGUAAUAAUCUGUUCCUCCUUAUUUGUGUAGCAAGAGAAGAAGUAGAGAAAAUCAGAAAAAAGAUUGAGCCAUAUCUGGAGAUAGGAAUGCAGGCUGGUUUAGGGUUGUAAAAUAGAAUAUAAUUGCAGUUCAGCUCCGUGUAUGCUCUGACACUCAAACAAAGUGAGCAUCAUCAGUGCUGUUACGCAAUUGUUCCUCUGGCAAUGGCAGUAUUCUCUUGGAAGUGGGCAUCUGUAUUUACCUUCUGUAACUGCUUUCCUUAUUUAGAUUUGGAUAUUCAAUAUAGUUGAUUUAUGUGAGCUCAGUUAAAUUCAACAUUAAAGGUAUUUAGUUUGAGCUUACACAGCUUUUAGUUUUAAUGAUACCUGAAAUGUUUGUGUUCACAAACACAGGCAAAUAAUGUAGGACUUUAAAGGGUUUGUAGUCUUGACAGAAAAGUACCAAAACAGAUUUUUAAUUCAUAAGGCCUCUAUGAUAAAUAUACAACUUACAAAGUAUAAGCUUAAAUAAGAGAACUGUGUAAAGUGCUUUCAUCUGUAAAGUGUUAUGUCUAUUUGACAUUGCUUAUCUUAUGUCCUUGACAAAAUGGCUGCCACUACUAAACCAGUUUUUAUUGUUUGGAUUUUUAAAAACAUGAGCUCAUGGCCACAGACAUCGCAAUUGCAAAAGCAAGCUUGCAUAAGCAUCAGGAAAAACCCAGUCUGCACAUAAUUUUAAGAACUAAAAAGCAAAAAUUCAACUGAAUUUUGGUCCUAAAGUUUAGACUUGCAAGUAAAUAUUAGACAUCUGUAAAAAUGGAAACUCCUUGUGUAGUAACAAAGAAUUAUGCAUCUCAUGAGACUUAGAACCAUUUGGGAACUGGAGACAGUGAAAAACAGUCCUAACAGCUUUUAAAGUGAAAUACAGAAACAGUCCUUAGCGGAGAA